AUGCCAUUACAGAUUGUAGUCGUUGGAGCAGGAAUCCUAGGUCUCACAACUGCUCUCACAUUGAGUGAAAAAGUGACGGAUGAGCACGAGAUUUACGUUGUUGCUGAAUAUGGACCCCACGAUCCAAAGUUGAACACAACAAUGUCAAAUUCCCAUGAGUACACAUCGCCUUGGGCCGGUGCGCAUUUUCGUCCAUUCCCCAGUGCCAAUGAUCAAGAUAAGAAAGAAAUGAAAAUGACGAGAGACACAUUGCAGUAUUUUGCCGAAGUGGCUGCAAGAGAUCCCGAAAGCUCGAUUCGAUUUGUUGAUGGAUUGGAGUAUUUGCAAGACGCCAAUGAUUUGUACAAGAAAGUGGGGUACGGAUAUAGUGAUGGAAUGAAUAAUUUCACCAGAAAUAAUGAUUUAGAAGGAUUUGUUGGAUUCAAGUACGAUACAUGGGUCGUCAACACAAUUGUAUAUUUGGGGUAUAUCUACCGCAAGUUGCUAUUCCAACAAAAUGUCAAGUUUAUUCACAAGAAAUUGGACAACUUAAAACAGGUUAUUGGGAUGUUUAAAUCUCCAAUUAUUAUCAACUGCACAGGCACUGGACUACAAUACGAUGGUGGUUAUGACCCACAAUGCUACCCCAUUCGAGGUCAAACUUUACUCAUUAAGCCACCGAGGUCAUUCAAGUUGGACAAGACAGUAACUCACCAAUUGCGAGAUGGAUCAUGGAUCUUUAUCAUUCCAAGACCAUUGCAUGGAGGGGUUAUACUUGGAGGAACCAAACAAAAAAACGACUCAUACACUGGCGUUCGAGAAGAGGAUACAAGACAUUUGAUUCAAUUGGGCAAUAAGUAUUUCCCUGAUUUGAAAAAGACUAAUGUUAUCACUGGAGAAUCGUAUUUCGAUGUUGAAAGGGUCAAUGUUGGAUUGAGGCCAGCAAGAGUGGGUGGAUUGAAUACAUCAAUUGAAUAUCAUGAGGGUCACCCAGUAAUUAACAACUAUGGUGCUGGUGGAAUGGGUUACGAAUUGAGUUAUGGAGCUAGUUUACAAGUAUAUCAAAACUUGGUUUCUGUAUUAAACAAGUCUAAACUAUAA